AUGGCUGCCACGUACUUCACAUGUACUCUGGGACAAGCACAAUCGCUGGGCCUCACAAACUCGACAUUCAAGAAUAUCAAUAACUUCAUCGAUUCUCAGGCAGAAGCCACACCGUCUCAGGCUGCUGUUGGCUUUGCUGUUCCCUCCAAGUCUGAAUCGGAAUGGCAGGGCAAGACCUGGUCGUUCCUGGAUCUGGCAGAUGGCUCGAAAAAGGUCGCGACCCUGUUGCAAGAGAUCAAUGGAGAGCUUCUGAACAAAUCGGACACUGUUGCUUUGAUAUGCCCAAGCACUCCUGAGUUUCUGUUCACAUGGCUUGCCCUCAUGAGGUUAGGUCACCCUGUCCUUCUGAUCGCGCCACAAUGUCAGCCGGCAGCGAUUGCUCAUCUAUGCAAAGCCUGUCAAACCACGGUCAUAUUUCACGACGAAAGCUACACAGCCCAGUCCGAAGAGGCUACACAGCUCUCUCGCGACGACGGUGGAGAACUCCAUGCCGUUGAGUUGCCAUUCUCUAAAGAUCACCCUCUAUCGGAUAUCAUGAAACGGGAAGCAGUUGAAUCCGCGAACUUCCCCAGUGUUAGAGAGACGGAUGUCGCGUAUUUACAUCACACCUCUGGAACUUCCUCCGGUGUACCCAAGCCGAUUCCGCAGACUCAUCGCGCUGGUGCUGGCGUUCUGCCUUCACUCCCUGACGGAAAGCACUGCGCGACAUUCACAACCACACCGCUAUACCAUGGUGGCGUAGCAGAUGCUUUCCGAGCAUGGACUAGCGGAGCGCUCAUCUGGCUGUUCCCAGGCAAGGGUGUACCAAUCACUGCCGCAAACGUCAUCAAGUGCUUAGACGCGGCAAGCAGAAGCACAGGGCAAGGACAUCCUCCUAUCAAGUAUUUCGCUUCUGUACCGUACGUCCUCCAAAUGAUGGAAGCAGAUGAGCGAGGUUUCAAGUAUCUUGAGAACAUGGAUAUCGUUGGCGUUGGUGGCGCAGCUUUGCCAGCAGAAGUAGGCGACCGCAUGGUCAGCAAAGGGAUCAACUUGAUUUCAAGAUUUGGCAGUGCAGAGUGUGGCUUCGUCAUGUCAUCCCACCGCGACUAUGCAAAAGACAAGGAGUGGCAAUAUCUGCGUAGUAAUGCUGGUGCCGAAUACCUUACCUUUGAGAAGAAUGAAGAUGGUCUCGCUGAAUUGGUCAUCAAGCCAGGUUGGCCACACAUGGCCAAGAGUAAUCGGGAAGAUGGAUCCUUUGCCACAGCUGAUCUAUUUGCUCUCCAUGACAACGUACCAGAUGCAUGGAGGUACCAUUCACGCGCGGACUCUCAGCUCACACUGGUCACCGGCAAGAAGUUCGACCCAGCUCCACUGGAGGGUGCCAUUGCCACUGCUGAUCUUCUGGACGAUGUCCUGAUCUUUGGAAACGCACAACCGUUCCCUGGCGUAUUACUAUUCCGCUCGAAGACGGCACAAGAUGUUCCAGACCAAGAACUCGUGCAGAUGAUCUGGCCAGCCAUUGAGAAACUCAACUCGGGAAGCCAGGAUCACGCUCGUAUACCCAAGAAGAUGUUGGUGCCGAUGCCCGUGCUGGAUCAACCACUAGAGAAGAGCAGCAAAGGUACACUUCAACGGAGCGUUGUGGAAAACCGCUUCGCUCAGGAUAUCGACAAGGCAUACACCAACAUGGGCUCGUUCAACGUCGGUGACGUGCCUGACGAGAAAGUUUCUCAUGUCAUCAUAGAGAUGAUAGAAUCCAUCGUCCCGAAGAAGGCGAAACUGGCAGAUGACACUGACCUGUUCUCCUACGGCGUUGACUCGGUCGCCGGUAUGCAGAUAAGAUAUGGCCUUCGACAACUCCUCCCACAAUCGACCAAACAGUUGCCGCUCAACGUGGUCGAGGAUUGUGGAACGGUGAAGCGAUUGGCAGAGUAUGUCGUCAAGCAGCGUCAUGGUCAAGAGCUUAGUGACGACGAGGACGAGCUCAAACUCAUGCUUCGACUGGUCGACCAGUAUUCCAACUUUGAUAACAGAAGCAGAUUGUCGUCCACAAACGGGCAGGGUCGUGGCGAAAACGACAAAGGAGAUGUUGUUGUCCUGACCGGUGCAACGGGAGCUUUAGGGGCUCAUCUCCUGAAUCUCUACCGCCAACUCGAUUCCGUCAAAAAGGUCUACUGCCUCGUCAGAGGAGCAGAUGUCCAGGCCUCUACUGAGAGAGUCCACAAGGCUCUCGAACAACGAAAUUUGGGCGGCCUGAAAAAUGAUGACGAAAAAGUCGAAGUCCUCCAAACGUCACUUGGAGAUGACCACCUAGGACUUUCCAGUGGAGAUUACGAAAGGAUUGCACAAGAUGUUUCGAUUGUUAUGCACGUGGCAUGGAGUGUCAAUUUCCGCAUGCGACUACGCAGCUUUGCAAAGGACAACAUUGCGAGUGUGACAAAUCUCAUCAAUCUUGCAUUGAGGUCCGGGAGAUCUCAGCCUGCCAGAUUCGCAUAUUGCUCGAGCGUAGCAAGUGUCAUGGCAUACAGCAAUGGCGCCUCCAUCCCUGAGCAAAUCAUCGGCGAUCCAAAAGCUGCGAGUACCUUGGGCUAUUCGCGCAGUAAGUGGGUCGCCGAACAAAUAUGCAGCAGGGCGAACGAGCGCUCCCAACUUAAGGGUCGCAUAGCCAUAUUCAGAGUUGGCCAACUUUCAGGAGACACUCAAAACGGAAUCUGGAAUACUAGCGAGGCCUGGCCGAUGAUGCUAAGCAGUGUCAAAUUAUCCGGUGCACUGCCGAACCUCGAUAAGGAAACACUGGACUGGCUGCCCGUGGACAUUGCUGCCGUGGCCUUGAUGCAAGGAAUUGCAAGCGUGGACGGGAGCGGAGACGGCGCGCAUGUCCUGCAUGUGCUAAACGAGCACCGUCGUCCUACGUGGCCCGCAAUGUUACAAUGGCUCAAGAGACGACGUGCUUUUGACAUUGUGGAUCCGUCCAAGUGGGUAGCGCGACUUGAGGCCAUGCAGGAAGGAGAUGGUGCCGAUCACCCCGCAUAUAAACUUCUAGACCAUUGGAAGAGGGCUUAUGCCCCUGAGCAUCACGAAUCGGAUGACACGGAUCCGGCACCGACCGUCUUACCUUUUGACAUGGCGAGAACCAAACAUGCGGUUGCGGUUCUCAGAGACGUCAGUCCCGUGGAUGAGGAGUAUUUUGCCAAGAUCUGGGAUUGGAUCGACGAAACCAUGUAG